UGCGAGCUGGCAUAUCGCUGCUCACCCUACUAUAAGGAUUUGGUCUGGAGUAUUGUGGACGGCACUUGCCGUGUCUUUCAAAAUGGAUGCUUAUUCGGCUCGGAAAACUGUAAUCGCGUGAACAGUUGCAAGACAAGAAUGGAACAGACAACACGUGAGAAGUGCAUGAAGUAUUGCAGUGAUAUCUGCCCGUUGGGCGGCAGUGGACUUUGUGCCUCAUUCGCGUAUACUAAUGCAGAUGGCACCACUGGUUGGAAGACCAGAUCUUUCCUCAACCGUUGUCUAUUGAAUCGAUUUGCCUGCCAGGAGGGAAUGGCAUAUAUCGGAGAGCCAACUGAGGGUGAAUGCCAGAUAUAAAUAAGCUGGUUUAAAUUGGAGCACCGGAACUCUUAAAAUGUCAUAUUAAAUACAAAAAUGUAGCUCACAUAUGUUGAAUUGCAUCCAGACUAAACGCAGUUGACCCUCACAACUGUUGCCAGUUAUGAGUAUUUUUAUAAAUUGUAAUAAUAUUGACACAAUUUUUGAAAACAAAUAAACACAGCUAAAUAAAAAUAAAAAAA